AGUUUCGUACGGGCGUGCAUUCACUAAUACACGCCUCGUGUCACACAGUUUCUGUUUCUGUUUGUUACAUCUGUAUUUGUGUGAGUGCAGUGCAGUGCUGUGAUUAUUUGAAAUAUUCUGAAAUAUUCUAUUAUUAUCAUCAUCAUCAUCGUUUUGUUCUAAGUGAUUGUUGUUGGUUUGCGCCCUACACUGUUGUGGAUAAAAGAGUUUGUGGUGUGAAGUUUAUACUGGUGCUGUUUGAUAUUUUCAAAUAUUGUGUGUUUUUUGGAUAUUACCGCCAUGCGUUAAUGGAGAUAACACAGAUCCGUACACGGAGGUAAUUACAUUAACGGAUAUAUUAAGACCCCCGUGUGUGGAAGGUACUUCACAACAGCUUCGGAUACUUGGUGGAAUAAGAUGGUGUGUGUUGCCGGGGGGUGCGGGCCGGGGCACCCCUCAGGAGUGCGGGAGUGCGGGGGUGGGCUUAUGAGCCCCACAUGCCGGGCAUGGCUGGGCCAAUGAGAGACGCGCCGCUGGAAACGGGCCACCGGACUAAGGUGGCAGUAGCUGUGGCUGCAGAGCACAGGCCAACCACGGCCGCCAAGCCAGACAACGCCAACGCCAACUUUGAAUACGAUGACAACGAGUGGGACAUUGGCAUCGGUGACCUCAUCAUCGACUUGGAUGCGGACAUAGAGAAGACCAACGAGCGAAGUAGCAGUAGCAGCAACACGCCGACCCAGGAGGCCGGGGUAGGGGGCGGCAGUGCGGCUAUGGCCUCGACCACCGCCGGCGAAGCAGGAGGAGGCAAGGGGACAGCAGCUGCCAAGUUGGCCGUCGAGCAUUCGGCCACCGUCGACAAGGGCCUCAAGAUGAAGAUAAAACGCACCAAGCCCGGCACCAAGACAUCCGAAGCCAAGCACGAGAUUGUCAAGCCGGGCGAGCUGAACGGUGGCGUCGCUGGGGUUGUUGACCAGGUCACCCCCACGGCCCCCAACAUAACUCCGGUGGCCAGCGCCAAAGCGACGGCUGCACUAGCCUCUGCAGCCCAGGCAGCCACUCCACUCACCCCCAACAACGGCACCACGAAGCGGGCGUCGAGUAAUCACCGGCGCAGCGACAAGAAACAACCCAAACCGGUCACCACCCCCACCACCCCCGACCCGGCUGUCAACGGCCUCGUCAGGGUGGUGUUCCCCGCCCCCGGGCCUGGGCCUCCUCCACCCUCUCUACCACAACCACCAACUCCUUCCUGCUCCUCCACCCCACCUCCGCCUCCUUCCUCUGCGACGCCGCCCCCUCCCAUUGCCGCCGCCUCCCCCCACCUCGCCCCCGAGCCGCCUUCGCCGCCGCCCGCCCCCCCUUCGUCGCCGCCGCCCAAAAAGGCCAAAUUGUCGCCGGCUGUCUCCGAGUCCAAGGAGAUGGUGGAGGUUUGCGUGGGUACGAGUGUGGGCACAAUCACGGAGCCUGACUGCCUUGGGCCGUGUGAGCCGGGUACCAGUGUGACGUUGGAGGGCAUUGUUUGGCACGAGACUGAGGGUGUACUUGUUGUUAAUGUAACAUGGAGAGGGAAGACUUAUGUUGGCACCUUAUUAGACUGUACGAGGCAUGAUUGGGCGCCGCCAAGAUUCUGUGAUUCACCGACUAGUGAUUUGGAUGCUCGCACCCCGAAAGGACGGGGCAAACGAGGACGUGGAGCCACAAGUACAAAUCCAACGAACGAUUUGAGCAACUUCACCGAAACGAGGUCGUCUGUACAUAGUAAGCUGCGAAGCAAUAACAAUGGCGGCGUCAAGGGUCGCGGUCGAGGGCCGUCUUCGCCGACGCCGUUCACCCCUCCCAAGGUGGAGGCCACCCCUCCCAACAAGCGCAAGCCGAAAGCGCCAGAGGAGGAAGCGCCCAACAAGAAGACAAAGUCCACUGUGCCAACCACGAGUGCGCCCACUGCGCCUGCGCCGAGCACGGUGACAACUGUGGCCAGUGGCCCGGCAACGGUCACCGUCACAAGCGCCCCCAUCUGCAGUCCGCCUGCAUCGCCCAUCCUCUUCGAGUGCCCCGAACCCAACUGUUGUAAAAAGUACAAACACAUGAACGGUCUCAAGUACCACCAGUCACACGCCCACGGAUCGGCCGACGACGAGGAGGCCAAAGAGUCUGCCAGCACGUCCGAGGCCGAAGAAGCGCCUAGUCCUGUAUCUCAAACAAAGAAAGAGGAGUUGGCUCCCAGUGAAAAUGCAGAACCUCCUUCGAUAGAUCCUGUUGUGGUACAACCUGCUGUGAACACUUUAGAGACUGAUCAGACUGCACCUUUGCCUUCACCUCAAUUGCCAGUGCCCAGUUUACCUGUCGCUGACAAAUCCCUUGUGAAACCAGGUGUGCUAAGGUUUGCCGCCCAGGAAGAACAACCACUUCUCAAUGUACCUGCUGUGCCAACAGUUGUCUCGAGAGCUGCAUCGGUCACGCCGCCGACAACGGCGCAGUCGCCGCCGCAAAUGCAGACAUCCUCCGUCACUCCUCAACCUCCUCAGCUGCAGCCACAACAACAGCAGCAGCAGCAGCCGACAAACCUCGUCACUCCGCUGCUCCAGCCGCAGCCGGCACCUCCUCAAAUGCCACCUCAGCAGCCGCAGCAAGCCAUGGUGCAGCAGCCCAUGCAGCAGCCACCAACCGGCCUCCUGGUUCCCACUCAACAGGGCCAGCAUCUCAUGCAGCCACAACCUGUCCCUCAAGCGGCAGCCAAAGUGCCCCAGUUCAAGGUCAAACCUGCCUCUGCACUGAUGCCCGAGGACAAGAAGGUUGCUGUUAAACCAGUCGGCCACAAGAAAAAGAUGCGGAAAUCACCGGCAGGAAGUCCGCACCCUCACCCCUUGGACCCACCUCCCCUUGGCCUUGAAACUGGCGGUCGAGAAGAGGUGCAGUCGCCGGCUUACUCGGACAUAUCCGACGACGCUGCUCCUCUGUUGGAGAGUGAAGUUGAGGUCAACAAAUCGAAGCCUGCUACUGGCGAGAAGAAGGUGGAAGUCGGACCAGGACAGUCGCCGCACUAUGGAAUGUAUCCUUACUACGGCCAGCCUCCCUAUCUGGUCCCUUCAGUCACUGAUAAUAAGCCCAAAGAAUUAUCAUUAGAAAAUAAGACUUGUACAGACAAAGAUAAGAAAGAAGUUAGUGGACCAACAAACAACGAUUAUCAACAGAAAUUGUUGCCACAACAUUACUAUCCCUAUGGCUAUGUUCCUGGAUACCCGUACAAUCUGGAAGCUGGCUACCCAGUAGCCAUGAUGACGACGGACGACAAGGGCGGCAAGGACGAGAAGAGUCCUGGGCCAAUCGAUGUCAGCAAGCAGAGUCACAACGGCAAUCAGCCACCCAUCCACAUACCAAAUCCCAACAAAGUUAAGACUGAACCCGGAGUAAAAGAUAAACACCAAAACGAAAAUCAUCAAAUAAUAAAAGAAAGCAUAGAGAUCAAGAAUCAGAUGAGUCCAGCUUACCUGUAUUCUCGACAACAACAACAACAGCACCAGCAACAUCAGCACGCCCAACAACAGGUACAGUCUCAACAACAGCAGCAGCAACAACAACAGCAGCACCAGCAGCAUCAACAGCAGCAACAACAUUUGCAAGCUCAGCAACAACACCAACAGCAACAGCAAGAGGAUUUGAGGAGGUACUACGUGUUCAACAAUGCUGAGCAGAGGAGGAAAGAGCAGCAGCAUGGCGGAGGUGCCCCUGAAGCACCUCUCAAGGCCACUCCACCUCCUCUGCAGUCGAAGCAGAACAUGUCCGCACCAAGUCCCAAGCAUAAGGACAAGCAUGUGCAGGAAGACAAGAAGGAGGAGAAGGUGAAGCAGGAAGGAGUGAAGCCAACGAUGGAGACUCAAGGUCCGCCACCGCCUCCCACUUCCUCCUAUGCCUACAUCCAUCCGGGACACAUGCAGUCGCCCUACUACGGUGCAAUACCGUUCGACCCCUCCGGCCACGCUGUCUACAGGGGCAUGAACCCGAUGCUGGUGCCAAGUCCCUACCCGAACAGUCCCUACCUGCAUCCGCAGCUGCACGCGCAGAUCCCGCGCUACCACGCGCCCGAGGAUCUGUCGCGGCCACCGGCGGGCGCGCCCAAGGCGCUCGACCUGCUGCAGCAUCACGCCAACCAGUACUACUCGUCGCACAAGAUCCACGAGCUGCAGGAGCGAGCCAUGAAGUCGCCCACGCCCAAGACGGUGUCGGCCAGUGCGUCGCCCUCGGCCGGGGGCCAGCCGGGGAGCCAGGGGCCUGGUGGCGGUGUGGCACAGGGAGGCGGCAGGGAGCAGGGUCCGCCCGCCUCUCAGGGAGGUGGCCAACAGGCGGGGGGCGGCAAACAGCAACAGCAGCAGCAACAGUCCGGGGGCGGUGAGAAGGACAAUCGGUCUUCGUCUCCUCCACCGCAGCGUCACGUGCACACGCACCACCACACGCAUGUCGGCCUCGGAUACCCGAUCCUAGCCGGAAACUAUCCGGCUCCCUAUGGAGCGGCUGUCCUGGCUAGUCAGCAAGCUGCAGCUGCAGCCGUGGUCGGAGCUGCAUCCGUGGUGACCCCCUAUCCACCGCAGUCCUCUCCUUCGGCCACCGCAUCCUCCAAGUGAACCGCGACGCCCGCCAAAUUCAUGCCGACAAUCUGUGUUUGAACCCUCUAAGUACCUCGUCAAAUCUAUCACUGAAACAAAGUUCCUCGUCUACUUGUUGAAAUCCAUCAUGCAAUGGUAAACUCACUUCUUUUACCCCGUUGUGACUUGAUAAGGUAGGGACGAAACCGUUUCGAAGGUUCCAUCAUGUAAUGGUAAAUACUUCUGUGGUUUAAUCAGGUAGGGACAAAACAGUUUCAAAGGUCCAUCCCAAGAUUCAUCAAUAUGUUUCGAGAAGUUUCCUGUCCAUCCUAUCGUUUACAAACAUUCGACAGUUUGUUAUGGAAAAAAUUUGUUUAAUAAUUUGAUUGAAAGGGAAAGUAUGUUGAGGUAUCUCUCCAUAAUUGAAAGAACAAGACGUUGAUGUUGUCAAUACCACUAAAUAGUGGUGAAUCAAUAUCAGAAAUCUGUAAUGACUAUUCAUCCCAAGUUUCAACCAAUGUUUGAAACGUUGAAAUCAUUAUUGGAGUGUGUUCUUCAACUCCUGGUUACUCCUGAGCGCGGCUCCACUGCUGUUGGCAUACGCGCACAGCAAGUGAUAACCUGAUCGAUCUCAUUAAUAAUUAUAAUUAUCGUAAUAGGACGACGCGUUAUAACGUCGUUCGAGAGUGAAGCAAGUGGAAUGAAAAUUUGAAUUGAGUUGGUGGGCACGCGAUUCCAAACGCCGUCUUUUCGAUCAAAAAUGUUCAACUUCUCUAGAUAGAUUUCUAAUAAUUAUUGUCUCGCCAAAGUAAAUCUUAUGCCUAAUCAAGAUGAUAUCAGAUUACACGGGCUCUGCUCUAUUGUAUGUAUGUACUCUUCUCUUAGUAUAUAUGCUAAGUAAAUAAAGGUUCAAAAGGUGUAAUUAAUAAUGCUGUGAAAUAUCUAUGUAUAUUGUUAUGAUCAAUAUAAAACUGAUAUGAUGAACAUUUAUGUAUAUGUGUUAAUGAAUACAUGCGUUUCUAUAUGCAUGUUUGUAUCUUCGGAUAAAUGGUGUAAUGAUCUAAGCGAUUGUAAAUAUGUAAAAUUUGUAUUAUCAUUUCACAUGCUAUUUUUAAAAGAGAAGAAAUUUCAGAUUUAAUAAAAUGUGUAUAUAAAAUAGAUUAUGUUUAGAUAUGUCAGGGAUUAUUGUAGCGACUUGAGCUGGCGCAUUCAUUUUUGUAUGGGAACUCAGUUUGUUCUCCAUCAGUCGAUGGACUAUUUUAUGUCCUGCCUAUUAUCGCUUAAUACUGUGUAGAAGGAGUGAGAGGUCUUCACUCCAUUGGGGUAUUCCAGUUCUAGUGGGAUACCGGACUAUUUGUCAUGAAGCGAAAAUCGAUUAGAGUAUAUUUAUCUUAUCCGUGCAUUAUAUUACCUAUUGUUGUCAAAGUUUGUAUCUUUGACCUUGUUUCACCUGACUAAUUUCCAGUAGGCACGGAUCACACGUGCAUUAUUGUGAUUAAAGAUGCAUAUUCGGGCAUCAACCUUUGUUAGCUGUGUUCAUUAUCUUGAUGCGCUUUGGUAGAGUGGGAUGUGAUGUGAAUCACUUAGCAGACUUAUUUAAGAUUCGAUUAGUACUCUGGCCUUUGCCUCGACUGGUUUACUUUAUUAUUUUACUCCUAGUACUCGAUUAGUACUUAUCUAUCAAAUCUAUUUUUAUUUACGGUAAAUUGUUGGAUAACUACUCAUGACAAUAUCAAAAGUCAUAUCAGAACUCAUGUUAAAAUAUAAGGUUUUGGUGUUUGAACAAAGAACUACAAUAAUUUUGCAAUUGCAGCUAUUCUUAUAUUAACUAUCUUAUCUGCUUAUUAAAAACGAGGCCAGACUCUGUUGAGCGAAUACAGAAUAUAGGAAGAUGUGUCUGGAAUGAUAGAUUGUAUUUUGGAAUAUAAUUUAUUCAUCAUUUGCCUUGAAACCAAACUAAACUUCCAUCUUCUUUCUUAUUAUUUGCGUUAUUUGUAUUUAUAGUUUGAUUGUAAAUUUUUUAUUAGAAUGUAAUAAUCUAAUGGAUAUCUUUUAGAUUUCUUUUCUAUUAAGAACUGAAAUGUAUUAUAAUAUUCUAGAAUUAAUUUUUAUUAUUGUAUAUUUGAUUGUGUAAUUUAGUGUUUUAUAUAGUGAUUUCGAGUUGUAAAAUGCACAAAUUCAAUGAAAAUUAUUGGUUUUUUAUAUGAUGAUCUACUAUUUGUACCACAAUUCCCUUCUAAAAAGUAGGGAGAUUUCAAGCUUCUAUUUCGAUGAAUGUAAUGUUGAAGAUUCAUGUAAUUUACAAUAGCUAGAGGUGAGAUUUUGUUACAAUAAAUCUGUGAAGUACUGUAAUGCUAUUAUGGAGUACCGUACAUAGAAUUUUCUGAUUCUUGGCAGUGUGUUUGAUCAAAUUCAUUCCAAUUUACUUUUACAAGAUGACAUUUUCCUUUCAAAAUACAAUAAUAAUAUUAGUUUUGGAAUAAAAAA